CGCUGUCCUACUACCGUGCUCAAACGUUGACCAGUGCGGGAAAGUUUGCGUCAAUUUCUGAUAACCGGUGCCUGUCGUCGUGUGUACACACUUUGGGAAUCGCCGUGGAUAAAAAAAGAAGAAAUACAAAGAGUCUACCUAAGGUAUGGCAGAGGAUCAUGGAAAACAAUGGUCAACGCAUCAAAAGUAAAAAUAGACUGUAAAUCUUCAUCGAACCAACGCAGACAAACGUAUAUUUAUAAAAAGAAUUUUGAACUUCUUAAAAACCGAUCAUGACUUUAAUCUCGCGAGAAAAAAGUGUGUGAUGAAUGGCCGCUAUCAUAUAACUAAAGGAAUUUGUAUACCAGAUCUAGAAAUGGCGGGAAAUUGAUAUCAUACGAUACCAAUAUCCAAUCGUAUUCAAGUUUGAUUGGUUAAUCCGGCAACAGCGGCAACAGUGCGUCCUGACUCACUGUACUGCAGUACAUGUCAGUUGCUUCCUUAGUAGCGAGGAAUCAACGUGAGGUUAGUAUAAUCGAAUGAGAGUACAGUUUUUCAAACAAAGACCACUCAAGAAACAGAGAUUCUACGUCUUUUGAAUGAGUGAUGUCAAUACGAGUCAUUGACCGCAAUAUACCUCCAUUUUUUAAAGUUGAUCGCCUUAAAGUAAAAGUAAAAGAUGAUAAUACAUAUGUGAAAAUAAAGAUGGAUAAAUUACAUCAAAAUAUCCUUCAACAGCUACGAAGGAAUAUAGUCCUAGAUAUGGAUGUAUUUAAUGGUAUAAUACAACCUCUAAAAUCGGAUUACAUAUUAACUGAACAAGAUGUAGCAAGAAUGGAAGCAUGUGAUUCUAAGGAAAAAAGAGCUGAAAUUCUGUUAGACAUACUUCCAAGUCGAGGACCAGAUGCAUUUGAUAAAUUCCGUCGAGCUUUACGUCAUCAUUAUGAAUGGCUGAGUGAAGACAUGGAUAAACUAGAAGAAAGUGAAAAAACAUUGACUGAUAUACGAUAUGUUAAUACGCCUAGUCUUCCUCCUGUCUCACCGUUAACUGUGAUUAGAGAACAAAAGGUAAAACAGUUAAAAGAUUGUCUUGAAAAAUUACAACCAAACGAAUAUGUUGUACUUCAUGGUAUGAAAGGAUUUGGAAAAUCAUGUUUAACAGCUAGUACUUUAAAGGAUACAAAAUUUGUAAGAAAUUCGUUUCAUAAUGAAGUUUAUUGGAUCAAAUUUGGGUAUACACGUUCAGUCGAUGAUGAAAUAUUAAUUCAAUUAAACAGACUGUAUCAUCUAGUUAAAGAUUUAGAAAUGUUACCUGAAACAUUAAAACCAGAACCUCUAAAAGAUUCACUGAUCCAUUUCUUAAAACAUCACUUCAGUCGAGAAAGAAACUCUCAUGCGUUAUUAAUUUUGGAUGAUGUUUGCAAUGCUAAAAUGAUUGAAGUAUUUGAUUUUGAGUGUAAAACAUUAGUAAUAACUGCUGACCGUGACCUUGUAUCGGAUAAAAGACCUUUUGUAAUUGAGAUGAAUGAUGGCUUCACAGAAGCAGAAAGUUUAGGUCUUUUUGCUAAAGUAUUAGAAACUGAAGUUGAUAAACUUCCUUUGGAAGCAAAACGUAUUCAUGAAGAAAGUAAAGGGAUGCCUUUAUUAAUUGCUAUGUUUUCUGCUCAGUUUGAAGAAUUCAAACAUGAUAUGAAAUUACGAUCAGAUAGAUGGAAAUAUUAUUUAAAUUCUCUGAGAAAUAAAGAUGAAAAGAAUCAUGUCAUUAAAAAAUUUCUAGAAAAGCAAGAAGCAAUUUUUAAUAUAUGCAUAGAUCAAUUGCUUCCUGAAAUGAAAAAACGUUAUGAUGAAUUAGUAAUUUUUAGAGAAGAUAUUAAUAUAAUGCCACAGACGUUAGAAAUUCUUUGGGGAGGAGUACCAUUUCAAGUUGAAGAAAUGAUGCUCGAUUUAUGCCAUAAAUCAUUAGCCGCCAAACAAUGGAAUAAUGAACUUCGUAGCUAUAUAUACGGUGUGCAUGAUUUAUUACUUUGUCAUUUACGAAAAAAAUUUUCUAAAGAGGAAUUAGUGAAUAUGCAUAAGUUAUUAAUUGAGAAAUAUCGUACAUAUUGCAAAGGUGACUUUUCAAAACUACCAGCAGAUAAUUACAGUUAUUCAUACAUUGGAUAUCACCUGAAAGAAGCACAAUUAUAUGACGAAUUUCCCAACAUAUAUCUGAAUUUCAAUUUUAUUCAAGCAACAAUAUUUCACAGUGGUUUGAGCAAUUUAUUAAUCGAUUUAGACACUUACAGAGAGCACAUUACACAAAAUUUUAAUCCAGUGUUAGAGGCGCAUCUGAUUGAUCUUAAAAAGUUCUUAGAAGAACAAGCAAGUGUCAUAGCAAAACAUAGACAUAAGAAGUGUUUAGACAUAGUACAAAUUGCUAUGAACCAUCCUUAUGAAGGAUUUGUUAAGGAUACAGCCAUGAAACUUGCAAAAGAAAGAUUUGAAAAUUUAUACGUCCUUCAUGAUAAAAGAAUGGAACAAAUGGAUAUACCAUGGAGCGAAGAAAUGUCAACAGAAAUUUGUACAACUUGUUUCACAAAUGAUCCAGAUCUUAUUCUAGUUGGUAAUAAAGCAGGUGAAAUAUUUUUAUGGAAUAGUCUCUCCAAAAGACAAACGGUUUUCAGUGGACAUGACAAAAGUAGUAGAAUAAAGAAGAUUGUUAUGUCUACAAAAGACGACUGUUUUUUGUCACUAGAUGAUCAGGGUAUAGUUAGACUUUUUAGACUUUCUGAUGAUGAAAAUUAUGAUGAAAAUCGUAUUGCUUUAUUAAGUCCAAGACAAAAGCAAUCUUUCUGGAGUGGAAUCUUCGCAAGCAACUUUCUUCAUGAUGACAGUUCAAACAAAUUCUUCGUUGAAGAAGAAAUUAUAUUGGAUGUGACAUUUGCACAAGACAGUAAUUAUAUUGCAGCUUGUACAAAUAGAGGGACAAUAAAAGUUUGGGAUUGCUAUGGACAUACUUUAUCAAAUCACACCCAUAAUCCUCAGAGUAGCAGUUAUCUAAAGAACAUAGUAUUUUCAGACGGUUGUAAUUUAUUGCAUAUAAUGGAUGAAACGCAUGGGGUUUUAAUAUCGUAUCGUAAAUAUAACUCGGAAUACAGAUAUUUAUCACAGUACAAUCCAGAUUUACAAAAAAAGAAAAUUAUAUUGUUGCAUAAUGUACCAGAACAAAAUAAUUCAUUAAUCGUUGUAUCCGAGGAUAAAGCUGUAUAUAUAAAAUGGUUCGAAUCAGGGAACAAUCAAAUGCACAGUUACAAAAAACAGAUCAGAGCGAACGUUGAAAAUAAAAAUACAGUUUAUGUUUGUGGUGCUUUAACAUAUGAUGGCCAAUAUUUAGUUUUGGCAGAUUCUAGCGGUUUUAUAAAUAUAUGGAAAGCAGAUGUUGGACUUCAUCCUAUAGCUACAUAUAAAAGCCGUGUAUCUUCUUUGGAUACAUACUGGUUAAAAGAAGAAGGCUAUCAUAUUAUUUGUGGUAGUGAAAACCGGUUGCUCCAUAAGUGGAAACUACCAGUAGUAGGAAUUUGUAAAUCAACAAGAAAACCUUUGUUCGAUGCAGCAGUAGAACCAAUAUAUAAACCAGAUACAAUUGUUAUAGAAAGUUUCUCAAAUACUAUUGUCACACUAGUUGACGGUAAUGUAGUAGCAGAAUCUAAACCAUUUGUUGGAAAAAUAAAUAAUUUAACUCUUUCAUCGGACAGAAAGAAAAUAGUAUUUGCUACAGAUGAAGGAAUUGUCAGUUUAUUUGAUAUAGACAAUAAAGAGACCAUACGUAUUUUGCAGAAUACAGAAUUAAUUAAAAUUAUUAAUAUAGAAAACAAUAAUAUAAUAAUCUGCAGAGAAAAAGAUGAUAAUUUAAGGAUAUGGCAAAACAAUGAAGUGACAUAUAUAGUUGAAAAUACAGGAUGUGUAAUUUCAAUUCAUGAAGUGAAUGAAAAAUGUGUUGUGACAGUAACAAGAAAUGGUAUAAUCAAAUUAUGGAAUAUAAAUGGUACAAACUGGUUGCAAAUAGACAGAGUAACUAUUGGAGGCUCUGGCACAAUCACUAUUUUCAGCUGUUUAAGUUAUUGGAAAAUUAUUUUGGCUGUAUUAAAUGAAAAUGGAGACGUAAAUUUAUAUAAACUACAGGAGGAUACAAUACAUGUACCAGCAUCUAUAAAAAUCACUGAAUAUUUUAGAAAAAAAUACACCCAGAAACUAACGUGUUGUGAAAUUUCACAAAAUGAUCAAUAUUUAGCUAUUGGUUUUGAAAAUGGAAAUAUUUCUAUAAUUGACAUAUCUUUGCAAACGGAAAUACGUCAAUUACAUUUUCACAAAGCUUCUAUCACUCAAUUGCAUUGGGCACCUUCCACGAUAGAUGUACCUGUUUUACUUUCUGUAAAUUCUGAUGAACUAGCAUGGUGGAAUAUUUCCUUCGAUACAUUCAUAAAUAAACAAAAGAAGAGAAUACGAUCAAGAAUGAAUCGUAGUGCCAGUUCUCCAUUAGUUGGCAAUACUUCAAUUAAUAAUUUGCAUUUAUCUACCAGUCAAAGCGUAGGCUCAAAUAUGUAUAGUGCACAACAAAAGUCAGAUACUACUACCACAAACGGUGUACACGACGUGAAUAAAUACUGGAAACUUAAAAAAGGUAAAGAUUCAGACCUACCAGCGCUAUUAGCUGUAGUUGAAUUACCAUCCAAUUUUCUUGCAAAAGUAUGUCUAUCCACUGAUUUCACAAAAUUUGUCACAGUUGAUAUACAUGGAUCAAUUAGUACGUUUUCAGUAUGCGGAUACAAUUAAUGAUAGUUAUCCUAAGUAAUAGUUUUUGUAAUUGAAUUUUUAUCUCGGUAAUAUUACGGUGUAAAACCUGAGAAUGUUAUCAAGAUCAAAUGUGUGUUAUGUAACUUUUACUUGCAAUUAGUAAAAAUGUCAAUUUGAAAUUUGUGGACAACACAUACAACUAUUGUUCAAUUAAGAUAAAACCGUCAAUGUAUAAAUAAGGAAAAUGCCCUUAAAAUAUGUAUGGGCCUACAUAGCUGAUGAUUACUAAUACAAUUUAGGUAACAGCAUAAGUAAAUUAUUGUACAACUAUUAUUGACUGAUGCUCAAGACUACAUAUGAGAAAUACGUACAGCUCAUAACAGUACUCCUAUUUUCACUGCCACUUGCAUUUAUCAGUAAAUAAAAGGAUCUCUUAUUUUUACAUAUUUUUAUAACUAUAUGAAACAUAGUUCCAUUUUUGACUGCUCUUUUUAUACAGUACUCUACAAAGUUUAAAGAUUUUUCAAUGUUUCGAAACCUAUUAAUCUACAUACUUUUAAAGCAUUUUUGCUAAUGACAGUUUUUUAAAUCAAGUUACUAAACGUAUUUCACAUAUUUUACAUUUUUAUUUUGUACAAACAUUUUCUGUUUAGAUUAAACAAUUAUACAUUAAUGGCAAUUUAGCAUUAUGUGAGAUAUAUGUAUAAGAGUAUAUAUGUACUUGUGUCACAAGUAUUACUGCAAUAUGAAGUACAUUUUUAAUACAACAUAUACUUCUAUUGUAAAUAUCAAUGAUUGUGAUCUACUUAAAA